ACACCCACACCCAACGAGAUAAGCUUCUUCAUUCUAUAGUUGUUGUAGUUAAGUUCAGAAUCUAGUUGAGAUUGGAAUGACGUAGUUCACUUUGUUUAUUUAACGCUUUUGCUAGCAUGCAUUCAGAAAAACUUGUUUAUUUCUUAUAAUAUUUAUAUUCACAAUUACUUCUCUGAUGAUGAAAAAUAUCUUCGUACUGUUAUAUGCUUAUUAAACAGUUAUGACUCAUUCGAAUGAUUGUUUUCUUGUAUAAGUGAAUAUUACUCAUCAAUUUCCUAUAGUAAAGUUUUCAGAUGUAACGAUGGUAAAUGAUACAUUGAAAUAAGAGUUUCUGCUUCGAUUUUUAUGCAUAAUAAUUCCAUUUUAUUUCGAUGCACGGGAUAUGGGGAUAUUGAAUGAUUGGUUAGAACGAAAUCUAGAGUUAUUUAGCUAUUUGUUCUUAUAUAAUAGAUGUUAUUUUCGAGGAACCGGAAAGUUGAGUACGAAGAAAGAUGAGCACGGAAAGAUAAGCACAGCAAGUUAAGCACUGGAAUAAUGAGCACCGAUAUAAUGAGCACAGGAAAGUUAAGCACGAAAAAAAACUUGAGAAAAUAAUGAAUAGACAUAAACCAAUUUAUGCUAAUUAGAUCACAGAUAACAUGAAAACAUAAACAUAAGAAAUACAAAUUAUGUAAAAUAAUCUAAUUAUUCACACUAAAUGAAUAGAAAAGGUAAUUAACUGUUCCUAUAAAAAAGAUCAGAACAAUUGUUCUUUAACAUUGACAAUUUCUCAACAUGCCCACUAUUUCUAUGAAUGGUACGACAAAACAAAAACCAUGUCUAAAUUUCAAUGGGUACUCUUAUAUAAAAGAUCGAUCUACCAAUAAAAAAACAUAUUGGCGUUGUGUAAAUUAUUUAAGAGACCGUUGUCAUUCUCGUCUUCACACAUGUAUUAUCACAAAUGAUGUUAUCAAACCACCAACAAAACAUACUUGUACAACUGAUGGUUCAUCACUGGAAGUACGAAAGUUUAACGAAGAAAUUGCUCAUCGGGCUCGAAACACUCAAGAAAUACCAGGUGUGAUUGUUACUAAUUGUUACAAAGCUCUAUCUGAUCAAAGAAUUGCUCGAUUACCAAUACGUGACAACAUAAAACGUCGAAUUCGAAUGGUGCGUCAGAAUAAAAAUAUUGUAAACGCACCAAAUGACCCGAAUUUUACAUCGAUUCCAACAUCUUUGACUAAAACUGUUCGUGACGAUAUGUUCUUGCGUUGUGAUACUGGACCAGGUAUGUCUUCCAAAGCAUUAGGUUAUCAAAAUAAAUAUGAAAAUGAACCAGAAUUCUCGCAUAAUAUACAUAAAAUAGCUGCUUUAGUUUUUCUAAAACCAGAUGAUGUGGUGAAGGGUUUUGAAGAUUUAUCGGUGGAUCUUGGCGAUGAAUAUCAAGCUGUUUUUGAUUAUAUUGAAGAAACUUAUAUUGGGCGAUUACGUGCUAAUCACACACGAAGAAAGCCAUUAUUUAUCAUUGACUUCUGCAAAAUGUUUCACAGAACAACUGAAUCAUUAAUGAGAACAAAUAACUCAGCAGAGGCGUAUCAUCGUCGAAUUAAUUCAAUAUUUCAGUGCUCUCAUCCAACACUGUGGGUUUUUCUUCAAAAGCUAAUUGAUGAACAAAAUGCUACACAUACUGAUGUAGUUCAUAUAAAAUCUGGACAAGCACCAAAAAGCAAGAAAAAGAAUGAACGUUUUGAAAAAUGA